UCAGUAUGUUAAUGAUUGUAAUUGCUUUGGUUUUAAAAUUGUCAAUAUGAACACCAAUUAAAAAACAUAGCAGGGCUGGCUUUCGUAAACAGAGAUGGCGAAUGGAACUAGCUCUUAUUGCCUAAGCUGUGCUAAGCGUUGUAUUUAAAGUAAGAAAGGUCCAACCCAGAACAACUAUCCUUAUGAAGGGGACAAGGGUGAACUACUACACAUCUGAGGUCAGCUUUUAUGCCAUUGGUGUGGAUAUAUGUACAUGAAUAUAUACAUAUGUAUUAAGGGGUAUUUACAACAUUUGUAUGAAAUUCGGGCUCAGUAAGUCUAUAAAAGCAGGUAAUUUAUAGCUGCAAGCUUAUCAUUAGGGGGCACGAGUUUCACUUAAUAUGUCGACAACUGAAUGUGCGGAUCGCAUAUCCGGCAUACGAACUGUCCUUACAGUUCAACGUUGGUUAGGCAUCUGGAAGUGGCGAAAUGAAAACGAUUCCUGGAGAUUACUGAAGAGAAUAUAUCCUUUUGUAUUACAUUUUCCAUUGACAUUCACCUACAUUGCGCUUAUGUGGUUGGAAGUCUUCACUGCUAAAGGGAUGGAACAGGCGGGCAAUGUUUUGUAUAUGUCAGUGACAGAAGUGGUUUUAAUCAUAAAGGUCAUCAACAUUUGGUACAGGCGCGUACAGGCAUUACGGUUAAUGGAUGAGCUGGAAAGACAUGGACACUACAAAUUGCUAAGAGGAGAAAUUCAGUUCUGGCGCCACGAGCAAAACCAUUUUAAGCGAAUUUUCUACGGUUAUAUUGGAGGAAGUUUUCUUGUAGCUUGUCAAGGAUACAUCAGCGUGUUCUACCAGGAUGCAUACGAACUUCCGUUCGGUUAUUACGUUCCCUUCGAGUGGCAUAACCCACAGGGUUACUUUUAUGCCUGGAGCUACAACGCGGCGGCCAUGUCACUGUGCUGCCUUUCCAAUUGCCUUCUGGACACGAUAGGGUGCUACUUUAUGUUUCAUAUUGCUUUGCUUUACCGCAUUAUAGGUCAGCGAUUCCUUGCAUUGCACGAGGCGCCCGAAGAGAAGGCUCUCCCAGAAUUGCGACGCAUCUUUCAGCUUCACCAGCGAGUGCGCAUCCUGACAAAGCAGUGCGAGCUGUUGAUUUCACCAUACGUCCUCUCCCAAGUUGUGUUCAGCGCCUUUAUCAUCUGCUUUAGUGGUUACCGGCUAGUGCAAGUGGGCUGGCAACGAAAUCCGGGUGUGUUUCUAACCACUAUGCAGUUUGUCUGCAUGAUGAUCAUUCAGAUAUUUUUGCCCUGUUAUUACGGCAACGAGCUAACCGUGUGUGCUAAGCAGCUUACAAAUAGCGUAUUUAACACGAAUUGGUUGGAGUAUUCUGUAACCACUCGCAAAGUUCUCAACUGCUACAUGGAGCUUCUAAAACGACCCGUAAAGUUGCGUGCGGGAGUAUUUUUUGAAAUCGGACUACCAAUAUUUAUGAAGACCAUCAAUAAUGCGUACAGCUUUUUGGCUUUGCUCAUAAACUUGUCAAAAUAGACCAAGAGUACCAGAACUAACCAAAAGUUUUAUAAUAUUUAUAA